UCAUCAUGCCAAGGAUUGUAGUCCCCAGGCAGGAGCCUGGCAACACUACUGAUAUUCAUGUGCUGCUCCAGGCCCAGUGCCAGGUGGAGGAAGGGCAGGGGGAGGGAGGCAUGAAGUCGGAGAGGUGGGGUCUGCCGUUGAGUGGGGGGUGGGUAGGAUGUGAGGAGAUGGGGUAGAGGACAUGAUACUUGGUGGAGUGGAUAGGGACAGGCUGAGAUGGUGUUUGGGCAUGGAGGGUUGGGAGCUUGGCUUUGUCCCUCUGAUUGCUCCUGCGGCAACUAUUAGGUUUUGCCAGCAGCAAGUAACUUUCCUCUACAUGAUGCUGGCUCUAGGGGCUCCCCUGUUUCUACUGCUGCAGUAAGCGGUGGGAUAUAGUGUUUGCCCUGCCCCCACUUCCCUUCCCACCCCUUCUGGCUCCUUGGAUGUGAGGGAUUUUUUCGCAUCCUUCAUUUCCUCAGGAAAAAGUCAAGGAGGAAAUUUGAGGCCAAAGAGAGGGUGAGGCAGAAACUGAGAGGAAGACAGACAGACAAAGCCAACCGACGGACAAGAAAGCUGCAUGCAGCCCACGCCUUGGCUUGGAAACCCCUUGUGGCCAGCAUCACCCUGUAUCCAGACCCAGAUGGCGCAGCAGCUGUUGUUACUCUUUUGUCUCCAUUUCUGGCUAUGGACUGGGAGCUCUGCUCAAGAGCUGGACCCUAAUGGGAGGAAUGUGUGCAAGGCUACCAGCCUCUCUGCAGGUCUGGUAUGCUGCCCAGGUUGGAAACAGGAAGGCAGAGAAUGCACAGCUGCGUGGUGUGAAGGGGAGAAUGCUUGCAAGGUGGAUGAGGUGUGUGUGAGACCCGGGAUCUGCCUCUGCAAACCUGGCUUCUUUGGAGCCAACUGCAACUCCCGCUGCCCUGACCAGUACUGGGGCUCGGACUGCAAGAAGAGCUGUUCAUGCUAUCCCAAUGGGAAGUGUGAUCCUGUAAGCGGCCAGUGCACUUGCAAUGCCAACCGCUGGGGAGUACUCUGCCAGUUCCCAUGCCAGUGUGGACCUCAUGGUCACUGCAACACCCUCACUGGAGCCUGCCACUGUGAGCUAGGCUGGUGGGCACCGAACUGCAAGAAGCAGUGUCUGUGCAGGCUGGCCAGCUCCCACUGUGACCCUGUCACAGGGCAGUGCAUCUGCGCCCAGGGCUGGUGGGGCAGGAGAUGCAGCUUCAGAUGCACCUGCCACCUCUCACCCUGUGCCCAAGACUCAGGCAGGUGUGAGUGCAGGGCUGGGUUUUGGGGGCCAUUGUGCCAACAUCAUUGUGACUGCCUGCAUGGGAACUGCAACCCUCUUGAUGGGCAUUGCAACUGCAACCCUGGCUAUCAGGGCAGGAGCUGUGGGGAUCCUUGUCCUGCCGGUUAUUACGGAUCUCAGUGCAGAUACAGCUGUGGGCACUGCAAGCAGAGUCAGCCCUGCUCUCCUGUGGAUGGGUUCUGCCUGGCAUGUGACUCUGGCUGGAAUGGUACCCUCUGUAAGAAGCUGUGCACGUCUGGAUACCAUGGGGAGAACUGUGCACAGAUGUGUCCCAGCUGCCGACAAGGGGAGGCCUGUCAUCCAGAGACAGGGGCUUGCUUGAACUGUGAGCCUGGCAAGACAGGACCCAGCUGUGAAGCAUCCUGCCCUGCUGGAACAUUUGGAGAUGGAUGCAGGUUCACCUGUCCAGACUGUGUUAAUGGGAGCUGUGAUCCAGUGUCUGGGGAGUGUAUCUGCCAGGCUGGCUAUUGGGGCACCAGCUGCAACGAGACCUGCCCAGAGGGUUUUUUUGGAGCAAACUGUUCUUUCCUCUGCCAAUGUCCAAGGGGCCCCUGCCACCCACACUCUGGGGACUGUGUGCUCAGAUCAAAUCACCAGGGAGCCCUGAUAGCUGGCAUUCUCAUCCCAUUACUUCUCCUAUUAUUCUGUGUCACCUGCUGUUGCUGUUGCUGUGGAACUAGCCAGAUGGAUGCCAGAGACAGGACGACUGUUGCUGAUGGUGAUGCCGUCUCCAGAGUGAAACAUCAUAUGCAGGGGGUGCUGGCAAAUCUCAGCUCCAUGUUACCUUGCCUCUCACUGAGUGGCUACAAACUCCCCCGAAUCACAGUCUCGCACCAUGACACAGAGAUUCCCUUCAAUCCCAGCUUCAUUGAACCACCUUCAGCUGCCUGGGCCACAGACAGCUCCUUCUCCUCCUCCUUUGUCACUGAUGAUGAGGGCCCAGCUUACUGUGUCCCUGCCAGAGAAGAUGUUCCUGUAGUGGCAGGCUUUGAGCCUCAGGAAGGCAGUUCCAAGUGUCAUGAAUUUCCUGACGCAUCAGCAUUUAACUCUGAGGACGUCUCCCAGCCUUUCACCAUCCCCCGCACAUCCAGCAUUGCCAGAGCCAAGAGGCCCUCGGUGUCUUUUGCAGAAGGAACUAAAUUUGGCCCUCAGUGUCAAAGAGGCUCCAUGGAGACACCAAAUACCACUCGGAAGCCCAAAGCCCCCUGGGGUCUCACCAAAGUUCCCUCUCACCAGCACCAUGCUGACCCAGAGGAGCGGCCCCAGCAAGGUGGGUUGCCAGGUGACUGUUACGAAAACCCAGAGCCCAUCUCCGAGGCUGAGGAUAGCCAUCAGCCCUCCCCCAGGGGUAUCUCAGGAGGCCACAGGGUGCCAGUGUCAAGUGGCAGACAUGUGGCCCAGAGAGUCGAGGCCCUUGAGGCAGCUUUGAAUCCAAACACUUCGGAUGCUAGAGGGAAGGAGCAGAAUGUCACAACCAUUUACAUGACUGUAGGGACAGCAGGGAAAUCCUCCAAGUCCAAUGAGAAUGCCGAUGGAAGCAGAGAGGGGACAGUUCAGGCUGUACUGAAACAUUUGGGUAGCUUCCAGAGAGUAAAAAGGGCUUUCAGGGAGGAGCCCGUGGUGAGGAAAAGAGAGUUCAGAGGGGAGUGUUGCCAAAUCUAUUGAUUAUGUUUUAAUUAUACUGAUUACUUUGAAUCCCUAAUUAACACUGAAAUUUGGUGGGUUCUUGUCCCAAGAUCAGGCUCACUAGUAGCAGAAUUACUGCUCAAUAGGAAGCUCUGAUGUGCAUGACAAUCACAACAGCACUCACACGAAGGAAGACUUUGGACUUGUAAAAUCUUUAUUUUCAUGAUGAUUAGUCCUAUAAGUAAACCAAUCCAAGUAAGGUGAAGUCAUACAGUCCUGUAAUUAUGUCCAGCACCAUUACAUGUGUAUACUCCCUCUAUCCUUGGGAAGGACUCAAAAGGUUGAGGCAGAUCCUAGUCUGACUCCAACAUGCCAGUGGAGGACUCCAGCGGCUUAACCCAUGACCAGAUAUUUUAUAAGCCUCAUAUAUAUGUAUAAGCAAAUUCUCCUCAUGCAUAUGUAUAAGCAUCUCCUCCUUCCUUUACCACAUCUCAACUUCUUCACCCUCAUAAUUUGGGGUGUUCUUAUUCUAUAGGUUAGUUUAUUAAUUAGUUUAGGCUCAUUAGCAUAUAUGUCAAUUGGUUUCUAUGUCUAUGUGCGGUUGGACAUCUGCUAAUGUUUUCUUCCAAAAAUAUCCUAAACUGGUCCAACUGGACUUCUUGCCAUUAGCUUUCAGCAAUUUUACGCUUAAUCUCGUUUUUGAAUUUUGCAUUUUUAAUAUAGCAAAACAUAACAAAGUUUUA